CUUCAGUCGUUAAGCGCAGCUCACAUAAUGUCCUUUCCCGUGCUGAUAUGUUUCCUGCUCGGAAGCGUGACAGGAAAGUACCAUGUACGAACCGUCUACCCGAUGAUUCUCGAAGAACGCAGUCACAAUGGAUCUUUGGUACUGCGCAUUCACAACAGCCUGUCACUCUCCCUCACCAAGGUUGUAAUUGCAACUGAAGCACUUCACCUUACAAGCUAUCUCAACGGAGAGACCAUCGACGAAAUAGUAAAGGGAUCUGAAGUCCAAAAAACCUUGUUUGAAGACAAAGACAAAAUGGCUACUGUGUCCCUCAUCAAGGCUUCCGAUGGCGUCAGAGUGACCGGAUUGCUGAACCCGAGUGAAAGAAUUGAGCCUGCUCUCGAUCAAGCCAGACGUGUUUCCGGAGGUCUACCUCAUAUUGUGCAAAGAAUCCAACGACCUCUCGGGUCAAGGCAGGUGACACUCGAAGAAAGGAAAGAUACUCUACCCAGCCUUUGUAACGAGACGACUAUGCCGGGUACUGUGCCUGUUGAAGUCUACGUGGUGUCUGAUGAGAGCCACAACAGGAAAUUUACGAACAAUGACCUCUUGCUUUAUAUUUGCAUCUUUAUGAAUACCGUAAACGCCAUAUUUAUGAGCCUGACUUGUCCUAACGUCAGAGUAGUGCUCGUUGGGGUCGAAAAAAGCACCCAGGCAAGUACACAAUAUUUCAAUUUAAAGAUAACGAUGGUUCACUAACAUGUACUAAUAAUGUGUUUAAUUUUGCAGAUUGAUGAGAAUAAAUACGUUUUUGGUAAUGAAAAGCUAAUGAAUGACAUGACCUCUCUAAACAUGUUCAGAGAGUACGCCUCGAGUAAAAAGGAAGACUACGGACAUCCGGACAUUGUUUUAUUGCUUACAGGGCGUGACGUUUACGAGAGUACCAAUCAAGGGCCGAACAAAAAAAUUGCAGGAAUUGCGUAUGAAGGUGGCGUUUGUACCGAAAGCUGUGUAGCUCUAGCCGAAGACGUUCCUGGGUCAUUCAGUGGCGUUAUCGACGCAGCACACGAACUUGGGCAUAGCCUGGGCGCUUCACAUGAUGGAAGCGAACCAAACAAGCAUAUAAGCGGUCAUCCUGGUUCGCUGAACUGUCCUGCUUCCAGCGGGCAUUUAAUGACGUACGUCGAUGGUGGAUCCCUUCGCUACAGAUUCUCCGAAUGUAACCAGAAGGAAAUCCGUCACGUCCUCCGAGCCCGAGGGAAAAAAUGCUGGGAUAUUAACGCUGAAAAGAUCUACGCCGUAGAAGACGUUUAUCCAGGGGCUGUACUCAAACCGACGGAGUAUUGCAAGAGAUUUUAUAGGAGCAACAAAGUCUACAGCUCAGCGGACUUUCGUCUUAAGAGCACUUGCAAAAUGAAGUGCUGUGCCUUGCUGCGAAGUGGAAAAUACGCGUGUAAUCUCCACCCAAUGCUUGACUACAUGCCUUGCAGUUACAAAAAGAAAUGUUUCCAGGGUGUUUGUACAAGUGAAAAAGACCUGCUGAAGUACCGCUCUAAGAAGAAAUCAAGUAUGUAAGCGACGAGUUCAUCGUUUAC